AUGGGUGAUACGUCAGCCAUCUUCCAUGCCUGUGGAACCGCACAGUUACGAAAUGAACAAUUUAAAAUGUCUGUAAUGGCUGGAGCUAAGAUAUCAGCAUAUAUUUUUAAUACCCAAUUUGGAAGUUUGUCUGGACCAUUUGCUCUGGAUAUACUUAUUUUGCGUAACUUCUGCUGAACAGAUGUUAGGCUAACUUGUAUAGGAUCAUCUUCCUCUUGGGUUACAUGGGCAUCGUCUGUUAAAGGGGUAUAAUCUUUUGUGACACUAAUAAAGGCUUCGUUUAUCAUAUUAGCUAGUACUUGGUCGGAACAAUCGUUGUUUAUCCUUAGGAUAGAACGUAGAUCUUUACGGUUUGUUGUUUUGCAGCCACAGAGUUGUUUUAUUUCGCGCCACCAUUGACUAGGUUUAGUAUUUUUGAGAUCCUGCACUUUAGUUUUAUAAUAUAUUUCACGGCAUCGUUUUCUUUCACGAUUGACUUUAUUUCGUAGGAGUGAGAACAAAGGUUUGUUACCCGUUGCAAAUGCCUUCUGUCUUUAUUGAUAAGUCGUUUCAAAUUAUUUGUCAUCCACGGACGGUCAGUAGCAUGCACUUUGAUAGAUCUUUCUGGCAUAAUAGUGUUCAGUCCGUAGUUUACUAUAUCGGUAAAAAUUGAGAGUUUUUCACAAGGAGAUUGAACUGAUGAUAAAAUAUCUUCAAAUGGAACGUUCUGGAAAAACCGGCCAAGACUGGAGAUAUUACUUCUUCUUUUAUCGCGCACUUUUAUUAUUUUCUUUUCGGACACUGAUUUUUGUCGUAUAGCUGGGAAAAUAGUGAUUGUGAGAUGGUCGGAUAAUCCAAAUGGACAUCUUCUAUUUGCAGCCAUGUAAAAAUCUUGUAAAUUUGUAAAAGUCUGGUCAAGGAUGUUAUUGCCUCUAGUAGGGAAGUUUAUAAUAGGUUUUAGAUGGAAGAGCUAUUUUUGAGCACGGUCUUUCUUUGCAUAGAACUUCCAUGCAUACUGCAUUAUGCAGUAUCUUUCUCAUAAUUAGAGACUUUUAGUUUGACAUUUACAGCUAACGCCAAACUGCUAACGAUGAUUGUUAUUUAACUAUGCUCUUGUAGAAAUUACACUAAUUUUGUUACAUAAUAAACAUCCUACACAAAGCUCGUGACAUAAAGCAUAAUGAUUAUCAGAAAAUUAGUUAGCCACUACUAACAUAUUACCAAGACAGUAAAUUCAGCUUUUAAGUUUGAGGUUAACGUUUGUGGUAUAAAUUUUACACAUGGACGUUUUAUUUCUAUUUUUAUGAUAUGAAUUUUAAUGCACAUGCCCUUGAAAAAAUUUCUACAUAUUUUUACCUGGCCCACCCUUAUGAUUGCACUUAACUUUCGAUGACCCACCCCUUCAACCGUGCUCAAAAAUAGUGACCCACCCCCCUAUUUUUCCCAGCCCACCCCCGCUUUUACUUUAUGACCAGUCCCUAAUACGAAAAUUUGUGGGACAAAUGAAACAUUACCCAUUACCAUUAAAUUUGGGUGAAAAUUGCAUGAGAAAUUGCAACUCAAAUUAGCAAAUGUUUGUGCCUUGCUUUGCCAGGCAGAGUAAACUGAAUGCAUAAUUAGCCCAUUGUAUAAUUUCAAAUAAUUUAUGCAUGAUACUUGGCUUGGGGAGAUAUGCAGUGAUGGCAGUCUGUAGUCAAGUGCCCUCUAGUUACUACUCGUUUCCAUGAAAUCACAAGAAUAGCAAUAGUCCAUUGCAAUUAAGUCCUAGUGUUGUUAAUAUGUAACUGUGUGUACAAGUGUAAGCCAAUUUGCACACAAUUCCCAAUGGUGGGAAUAUACAAUUACUUUAUGGUUUCCGUGUUUGGAUGGCUUGAUCCAAACACGCGGGAAUGUUGCGAGAGUUAAGAAAAGCGCGCGAAACACGAGCCGAAGGCGUGUGAUUUUGCGCGCUUUUCUUAACUCGAGCAACAUUCCCAAAGUCGAACAGCAUUCCCAUUCUUAAUGAUAGAAAAAAAUGUAUCAUAAUUUGACAGCAAAAGCCUGAAAAGGUCUGAUCUUUAUUGAUAUAGAAAAUAAAUAAUCUUUCUUGCGUUUUUUAACUGACUUUUCAAAAACAUUCUCUCCAAUUAUUUGAAAAUCGGCGUAAGGUAAAAAUUUUAUGUUCCAACCGCGAUUCUUCUUUGAAAACGGUCUCCAGAAAUAUAUAAUUCUUAUUAACUGAUAAAUAGGUAAAAUAGCGAGACAUGAAUCACUAUAAUUCCGUACUAAUUUAUACCAGUAGGGCAAUCAGCCUAACUGAGGGUAGGACCUUAGGGGAUUUAUACUUAUGUUGGGUGACUGUCCUGUAAUUGAAAACUCCUGUAAGUACUGUAGAGAUUGGGUUGGUUCUCUCCUAUUCUGUGAUUGUUUCUUGCGGGUGGUCCGACUUUCCUCACACCUAUACCGAAAACCAGACUUAGUUAUCUAUAGCACGAAUAUCAUGAGCCUCUGGCGUGAAAGAAACGUGCAUCAUGCACACCCUGUGAAAUGGACAUUAAAUAUAUCGUUAUUUCAGGAGAUUAUAUAGAUUUAAAAGUAUUCUCCUUGUAAUUGUAACGGAAUAUUUUUAAUUAUUUUGUUUAGCUCUUGGUGUAUUUACAUCCACAGCUGGUGUUAUAAAAUAUAAAAGAGAGUACACAACAAUUGAAAUUCCUUGCACAUUCAAUGACAACAAGUUUGCGAGUGUAGUUUGGUAUUAUAAGAAACGAGGCUCUUCUGGGAGUUUGAUCACGAUCUAUGACGUCAACCCUCAGGGUGAAACCACUACAGUUGAUUCAAACCAGUUCACAGGCCGAAUUGAGUUCAAAGGGGACUUUGCAAAUGCAAACCGAGAUGCUACACUGGCCAUUGAGAAUUUUAUGAAACAAGAUGAAGGAAGUUUUACCUGUGAAGUGAGAGCUGCUCGGUUCCAUAAACAGACAGUCACAAUCAGAGUGACAGGUAGUAUUAUAAAAGAUGCUUUGUUUCAUUGAUUGUACUAUUGCGUAUUCUUUCAAACUGCUCUUCUAACAAACGUUUCUUGCUUACGUUUAGUCAUUUCCAAAUUCAGUCAUGUCCCAUUUCAUUUUCUCCGAGCUUUUUUUCCCACCCACUUUCCCUAUUAAUAUCUACAGUAAAAUUGGCCUAAUCAAAUCAUGCUUGUGGUGAUGUGGUCUGUGGAUUUUAUUUUUGUUGGGAGGUAGUCAAUCUUUGAAUGGAGCCAGGCAUAUAGGGGUUGCACCAAAACUAGUAGCCUCGGAACGAGAAUUUAUGGGUCGUCCCGAAGUCAAUUCCAGCUUGUGUACGACUCGGAUAGAUCCUACUAAUAGGUAUUGAAUUUGGCGCAAUAGCUAUUUUAUCCUUAUUUUAGAUUGCUUUUGAAGUUGUUAGCCUAAAAUAGAUGUUUUAGAUUUAGAUACUUCACAUGCACCCUUCACUCAUACUGUCUCAUAGUUAACCAUGCAGUAAGGCCAAAAAAAAAUAUGUUUGGUUUCCGGUUUCUUCUUAUAAAAACUUAGGUAGGGUAGGUCGGUUUUAACUUUUUUUUUUAACUUUUAUUUUAAUUUUCCUAACAACCGGACGCCAUUUUGUUUAGUCAGUGCUUCCAUAUCGAAAGAUAAAUUUCCCUAAUAUUGGCUCAAAUUUCAAUUUUCCACAAACUUUUUCCUCUUUCAAGUGGAAACACUUACAAGCAUGAUCCAAUAAAAAAGUUUAGUAGGGUCGGGAAACCGGAAACCCACAUAUAUAUUUUUUUUGCCUAACUCCAGAAUUCAGAAUUUAACGUUUUGAAGACAUAAUGCACAUUUUAACAUUUGAAUUUGUAGCUAUCCCCCUAUAAUAUAGGCUUAGACUAGAGAGGUAUUGGUUUGUAACGUCUGAAUUAAGCCAUAAAUCCAAUAUCUUUUAAAUGGUUGUAUAAUUUAUUUAUAUGACUUAAUUUAUCCCCCCUCAAUACUCGUAAUUUGUUAAAAGCGAGUACUUUCUUACUAUAGUGAGUAGUGUAUGUGCAUUCAUUAUGCUGGGCAUUGAUUCUAUCAUACAGUAUAUAUAGGAUUUCCGAUGAACAGUACGUGACCCAGGGUUCUAAAACAGAAAAAAUAGGCAAGGUGGAGGUAUUAGGGACUGAAGCUGUUUUUACUCGGGAGCCGUAGCAUAUAAUAAUUUUAAGUCAAAACUGAGUCGACUUAGAUUACUGUAGGUUUUAUAUUAAUGUCAUUUAUAUAGAGAAUAAUACAUGGGUACGCGGAAAUACCCGCAGAUUUAUUUCGAGUGUUGAACAUGAUAUCUCAAGAGUGAGCGCAGCGAACGAGUGAGAUAUCAUGUUCAACACAAGAAAUAAAUCUCAGUCUGGUAUUUCCAAGCAUCUAUGUAUUUUUCUGUUUAUUAUAUAAAGUAUUAAAGGACAGUAUUUGAAAAUUAGCGAUAAAUUUUACAGAGAAGCGAUAGUAAUUGAAUGUAUAUAAUAUACAUAACUUUUGUAUAUGUUAUGUAAUUCAUAACAUAUAUACAAAACAUAAAAAAUCUAGCUCACAUGUCAGAUUAUCAAUUUUAUCAGUGCUCGAAAUUUCUAUAAAGCACUAUACUUUAUAUAAUAAAAUAAUAUCUUAGACAUUUAAUUUCUAGUUACUAUAUUUAUUUACAUUAUCCAGGGCGCUCUUUAUUUAUUAACUUUACAAUCAUACAAAAAUUAUAACAAUGAUUGAAGGUAUGCUCAACAGGACAUGAGUCCCAUGUGAAGACCAACCUGAUACAAAACAAUAAGUAGACAUACAUUAAAGCCGAGGACUAGAACACUAUUUAAAUAUAUAACUAUAUAAAAAUUAAUAGUUUAGAUUAUGAGCAACAGCUUAAGUUGAAAGAACGGCAUUUAGAGCAUGCAGUAGGUUUUCCAAGUGCGCAUUCUGUUAACAUCGAAAGAAGAGUCUAAUUGAGAAGACUAUAGUGAGAAUGGAGCUGGAGUUUAAAGGAUGAAACAGAUCGACGAUAACAGCGUUUGCUGACGAGCUUACCCUAGUGAAUAUUAUUAUUAUUAUAUGAUAUUAUUAUUAUUGUUAUUAACUGUGUUAGUAUAUAUGAGCGCAGCACAGAAAAGUAGACGGCGAACAUUUAGGAAGUAGACGGCGAACUUCGCCAGUCACCGGCUUCUAAUGAGAACCCUGCCGUGACCCAAUAACAUGCGAAUAGAUUUAAACUUUCCUGUGUGUACAGUAUAUCAAUAUGGUUUAUUGGUAACAGCCUUUUUUAUGAAAAGCUUCAACAGGGUUCGUAGCGGUCUUUGAAAUCCUUGAAAGGCAUAACUCCUUUGUGCCAAAAGUCGGCGGCCGCAGGUCAAUUAUACAGGGAUCCCUUGCAAAGUGAUGAAGUUUAAGUCUUAAACAAUUGUUUCAGACCAUCGUCACCGCUUCGAAUAAGCAGGACAAGGGUGGCCUUUUCAUUUUGAGACGGAGGCCCAACUGUUGAGAAAAUCAAACACCUCGAAUUGUGCGAGAAAGUGAAGAAAGUUUUUAAAAGUCUUUAAAUGAUUUGAUAUAUAUAUAUAUAUAUAUAUAUAUAUAUAUAUAUAUAUAUAUAUAUAUAUAUAUAUAUAUAUAUAUAUAUAUAUAUAUAUAUAUAUAUAUAUAUAUAUAGUAUAUAUAUAUAUAUAUAUAUAUAUAUAUAUAUAUAUAUAUAUAUAUAUGGUGAAGAUUCUUUAGAUAAUAAAGUAGAUCGAUGCAGCUAUAGAUUUUUACAAAUAUAGAAAACAAGGCACAUUUUAGGAUGUGAUAUGACGGGACUAAUUACUGGGUAAAAAAUGGCGCUAAUAUACAAUCGUGAUUUUUCAACUUCCUCAUUGCUCUCAAAGGUCUUUGAAAAUAGGCAAGUCUUUGAAAAUAGGCAAGUCUUUGAAAAUAUAGGCAAGUCUUUAAUAGUCGUUGAAUAUUUUGGUAUUUGAUACUACGAACCCAGUUUGAUGUAAUCAGUUUGGAGUUUGGACAUGCAAUGAUAUAUUGCUAGAUAUUUAGAUAGGCAGGCAUUUUGUGUACAUUUUUCAUAUGAUUUUGAUUUGUUUGGAGAAAUCAUCAUUUCUGGAAUUAUCCUAAGUCACCCCACCCCUCACAUCCACUCCUUUCCCCCUCCCCCCCAAAAUAUUUUUUCUUCAAAAUAUUUUCAUUUAGUCCGUGUGUUGUGACCCGAUAUCGUUCACUUUCAUUUAGCAUGUCUUGCAUGGAUCUGAAAUAUUUUGACGGGAACUAACACUUUCAAGCACGCUGAGUCAUGGGCGUACCAGGCGAGGGGGCGGCGGCCGUCCCCCCAGUUUGUUGGGCAAACAAAGCCAGUCGGGCAAUAUUCGCUUAACAGUCGGGCAAUAUUGGCUUAUUAGUAUUUUUGCACAAGUGAACAUAACAAAUCCUACAAGGUGAUUGGUCAAAUUUGACGUAUUAAUCUGUUAUAUUCACCUACAGGUGAAUAUAACAAAAUCUUCGUCGAGGUGAAUAUUCCCCGCGAUAAUCACCGAGCCUGAGGCGAAUAAUUGUUAAUUAUAAAAAUAAAUGGGACAAAUUCUGCCAAUUUUGUGGGAAAUUCUGUCAAUUUUGUGGGAAAUAUCAGUGCUAUCUAAUAGGAAUUUUUCGUAACAUUCCCCCUCCCCCGUCGACAACAAUUUUGGAAAGUUUCUCUGGAAAAUUUUUUUUGACAACUCGGACACAAUCCGAAAAAGUCGGGCAAAUUUCUUUCCGCCCCCCUAAUUUUUUCCUUCCCGUACGCCCAUGCGCUGAGUUCAAAUCCGAAAGUUCCCAUGCAGUUUUCUCACAAAAUGCUAUUUUAUCUUCAAUAAUUUCACGACAAAUGUUUCAUUGUUCAACGACACGGAUUGAUGACGAUACACGAAGACCGGUUUUGCUCGAAUCAUUUUGAGUUAUGCAAUCUUAUGCGUGUAUAGGACGUAAAAACCAUAUCUUAAUUGUCUACAACUUUGAGAAAGUACAAAUAACGCUUUCUAAAAUCCUCAGCUCUAGAUAUAUAUCUAUAAAAUCACAAGGACAUUUAUGCGAAGUCUUUUGGCUAUGUCACUGGCCUGAAAAAUAACUCUUUUAACGCGAUCAAGGUAUUUAACUCAAAAGUAACACGAAGCCAACGUAACAGUAAAGACGACGCUAAAAUGAAAUAUUAUCGAUUGGUUGCUGGUAGAACACUUACGACAAGAUCAAUCUUAAAUAACCAUAAACUAUAAGAAUAAAUGUUUACAUCAAAGACAAAGAUCAGCCCCAAAGUGUUCUGUAUUCUGUAAAUUCUGUAAUGCUUUAUAUUCUAUGAACUUACGAGGAAGUGGAGAAAUGUGUGCAUAUAUUUGGUGAUUUCAACGUAGGGCCUAUAUGCAUGGAAGCCCUCUUUCCAAUAAUAUUCGCUUAUCGCGCAGUAUAUAACACCAACUGAUGUAAUAGUUCAAAUGUAAUGAUAAGUUAUCUCUUCAAUUACAUCUCAGAAACUGUGUUGAAAAUUUAAAUGCUGAUCCAUUUUUUUUUUUUAUUUAUUUCGCCCAAUUUUCCAAAGUACAAUAAAAUUUAACUAUUUACAUUUUUAUAAUCUAUACGUAGGACUAGAGAUCUUUUAGAAACCCUUUUGGGAUUUUAUUUUAAGACACCUGGUGAUAACAAAACUUUUUUUACUUAGCAUAAUUUCAUGAUGUCAUAAAAAUAGUACCUAAUAUAAUAACGAAAAUAUAUACAAUUGUGAGAGUGUUUGAAGGAAAGUUAGUCUAUUUACAAGAUUUUUCAGAUUUUUUAAACUUUAUACAUUAAAAUAGGAUGAUUAAUUAGCUGAUUGGUGUGAUAUAAAGUAUGUUUUCACAUUUUUUUUGAAAACCAUAUAUGAUCCAAUAUUUUUUAACUCAGUACUUAAAUUAUUCCAAAUGUCAAUACCUUUACUAACAACAGAUUGUUUUCUAUAGUUUGUUCUUGUAUAAACUUUAUGCAAUUUUUUUGAAUUUCGCGUGCAAUGUUCAUGAAUGUUUGAAUUUUUUAUGAAGUAUCCAUUAAAAAUGUCGGGUAAAUCAUUAGUACAGUUGCAACGGUACAUAAAUAAGCUGGUAAGGUAAUCGUUAAUUUUGAAAAUAUUUAAUAUUUUCAAAUUAUUAAAUAGCGGUUUUGUAUGUUCUGUGUAUGAUUUAAAUUUCAUUAAUCGAAUAAUCUUCUUUUGAAUUCUGAAAAGCUUUUCAAUUUUCGAAGGGUAUGUAUUACCCCAAGCUAAAUUACCAUAUGUAAGGUAUGGAUAAAUUAAAGCAUAAUAGGUCAACUUUAUAGUGUUCAAGUUCGUAAAAUGUCGCAAUUUUGAAAUUAGUCCAGUAAACUUGACAAUAGUUUUACAUAUAGAAUCAAUAUGAUUUUUCCACGUUAAAUUUUCAUCAAUUAGUACACCCAAAAAUUUUGUAUAAGAGACCUUUUGGAUCAAUUCAUUUCUUAUUUUUAUUGUAAUAUGAGAUUCCGAUUUAUUAUUUUUUGAUUUGAAAAGAAUUAAUUUCGUUUUAGAAGCGUUAAUUGAUAAUUUAUUAGCAUUAAGCCAAUUCAUAAUUUUAUUAAUUUCUUCUUGCAUUAUAUUCGUUAAAGAGGUUAAGCAAGAAUUUGAAUAAAAAGCAUUUGUGUCAUCUGCAUACAAGACAAAUGAUAUAAUAUUACUACAAUUUUCAAUAUCAUUGAUAUAUAACAAAAAGAGCAAAGGUCCGAGUAUUGAUCCUUGAGGAACACCAGUAGUAAUAGUCAUUUCUGAUGAAUUGUAUUCUUUAUAUUUUACUAUUUGUUUUCUUUCUUUCAAAUAACUUUUAAACCAUUCAAUGCAUAAUCCUCUUAUACCAUAAUGUUCUAACUUCUUUAUAAGAAUUUCAUGGUUGACUGUGUCAAAUGCUUUUGAGAGAUCAAGGAAAAUUCCAAUUGUGUAUUUGCCUUCAUCUAUUGCUUUGGAAAUUUUGUCAUUAAUUUCAAUAAUUGCAUGCAUGUUCUGUUGAUCUAUUUUUCCUAAAUCCGUAUUGGUGUUUCGACAAGAUUUCAUUUGCGUCAAUAAAUUUUAUCAAUCUUUUAUACAUUACAUAUAGAUUACCGUUUUAUAUCGUUGUAUAAAACAUUUUGAUCGCAUGUAACCAAUUAGUUCUUAUGCCAGAGACAUAGCCCAAAGACUUAGCAUUAACGUCCUUAUAAUUUUAUAGAGAUAGAUCCAGAACUAAUCCUAAGGAUAUUAGAAGGAAUUAUCUCUACUUUCCGCUCAAAGUUGUAGACAAGAUAAUGAAGAUAUGUUGUUUACGUGCAACACGCAUAAGAUCAGGGUUGGUAAGUUAGAUGAAUAAUUAGGCCAAAUCGUCAUUAGUGCCGUUUAGAAAACAAAGAAAACAAACGGCCAAGACAAAGAAAACAAAGGCCUAGUGUGACGGUGUUUGGCCUAAUUAUUCAGCAAACCUACCAACCUUGCAUAAGGUUGCAUAACUCAAAAUGAUUGGAGCAAAACCGGUCUUUUGUUAAAAGGAAGAAUGGUUGAUAGAAAUUGUUCCUUUUGAGUGACAUAAUCGUGUAUCGUCAUCGAUCCGUAUCGUUGGACAAUGAAAAAAUUUGUUGUGAAAUUGGUGAAGAUAAAAUAGCAUUUUGUGAGAAAACUGCGGGUCUACGGAGUGGGAACUUUUCGGAUUUGAACUCAGCGUGUUCGAAAGUGCAUGUUAGUUCCUGUAAAAAUAUUUCAGAUCUAAGACAUGCUUAAUGAAAUCGUUUUCUAGUCAUGCACUUUUCGAGGUCACAACACACGGCGGACUAAUUGUAAUAUUCGUCCUUCAAUUGAAGUUGUGUUGUUAAUUUAUUGUUCUGAAAUAUUCCGUUUCGUACUACAAAUGGUACUUCAAUGGUACAGUUCAUCGUCCUUCGAUAUGGAAUGACCCUUACUGACCUCUAGGUAGAAUAGUUCAGAAAUCAUACAUUAAAAAUUAUCUUGUACUUAUCCAGUUUAAAUAGUUUAAUCUGCAUGGUCUUAUUGUCUGCUUGUCAGUCAAUUCAAUCAGUGCUGUUCUGAAAUAUUUCUUUUAGUGGUUUCGAAUGCACUUGCUGUAUAACUGAGUUUAAAACAGUUGAUGAUAAUAUAAUGAUGAGAUAAUUCAGCAAUAGAUGAUUCCCGUAUUACGUUUCAAUAGCGCUUUGCAUUGUGGUUAUAGUGGUAUCACUGAUAAAGAUAGCGGCCUCGAAUGAAAAUAUUGAAUGUUUUCGCGAAUAUUUUGCUGUUGGCUAUCGUCCACCUAGCUUUUUUAAAAGUUCUUGCACGGGUCAGGACAAAAAAAUAAGCCAUCUUGAAUAUCAUUCAGUGAUAUACCACUAUAACCACAAUGCAAAGCGCUACGAAAACGUAAUAAGGGGAAUCAUCUAUUGCCAAUAAGGAAUGGCUAUAUGGGGAAUUGUUGCUUUCACAACUGUUAGUGGUAAAUUUAACGUUCGUUUUAUAGUUUUGUUAAACCUAAUGUUAUUGGUAAUUUAUUAAUAUUUUAGUGCUUUCUAAUAUAACGGAGUUUAAAGCAUUUGGUAAUAAAACUGAUGAAAUAGUCCAAGGUGACAACAUAACCCUAUCCUGUACAACCACAGUCGGGGAACCAUUACCAAUUAUACAAAUGCGAAAAGGAAUCACAGUUCUCAACUCUUGCACGGCGAGCAGCAUCAGUCCGACAACUCUGCUGUAUAGUUUUGAGCGAAUUUCGAAAGAUGCAAGUGGAACUUACUCUUGUCAAGUAAAUACAGAUGGGUUUACACCAACGCGAAAUUUACAGUUGGAUGUGAAAU